AUGUUGCAAUUAUACAAAAAUUUUAUUUUACACAUAAAUAGAAGAUCCGUAUUUCCUAUAUGUAUAAGAAAUGUUUUUUUAAGUAAUUACUCAUUGGCCCCAAAGGUAAAGUCUGGUAAAAAGGGGCAAGAUAAAAAAGAUUCUGGUAGUAAUAAAACGGAAAGUAGUGAAAAGGUUCACGUUUUUAAUAUAUAUAACUCUGUUGACAAAGAUCAUGAAAUUUUACCUGACCAUGCAUAUCCGAAGUGGUUGUGGAAAUUAGAAAAACCAUUGAAGACUUAUGGUGAAUUAGCCCUAAUGUUUUUAUACGGAAAGGAUGUUGAAAAUUCCACAGCACAAGAUUAUUAUCGCUUUCGUAGGUUGCAUAAUAAAAAUUUAAUUAAAUUAAAUAAUUUAAGAUUGAAAAAAUCAAAACGAUCAACAGUUAAACCUAUCUUUUGGGACCUCUAG